AUGGGUGUUACUCCAGAGCAUGGUAAUAUUGACCUGAUUUCGGGUUCAAGCCGGCCAAGCCAUGAGGCUGGCCCUGUCCCUCCGUCCAACGUCGACGACGCCGCGCUUGUCCGCAAGAUUGACAUGCGUGUAAUGCCAAUGCUGUUUGCCAUUUAUUUUGUCGCGUUCUUGGAUCGAGUCAACAUCUCCAACGCGCUCACUAUGAGCAUGCCGGAUGAUCUGAAUUUGUACGGCGACCGGGAAAACGUUGCCCUUCUGAUUUUUUACAUUCCCUACAUUAUUUUUGAAAUCCCCUCCAACAUUGUCAUGAAGAAGCUUAAGCCGCAUAUCUGGUUGUCAGGCUGUAUCAUUGCCUUUGGUGUUGUCAUGCUCGGUCAGGCCUUUGUUAAGAGCUACGGUGGCCUGAUUGCGACUCGUUUCUUUCUCGGACUUGCUGAAUGCGGUAUCUUCCCCGGCAGUUUCUAUCUGAUUAGUUUUUGGUACAAGCGUGCCGAAGCCCAGAGGCGUUUCACCAUGUACUGGUCCUCGGUCAUCUUUGCAGGUGCCUUUGGUGGCCUGCUCGCCUCUGCUAUUGCCAAAAUGGACGGCAUGCGUGGUCUAGAAAACUGGCGAUGGAUUUUCUUGCUGGAAGGUGUUGCAUCCAUCUUGGUCGGCAUCACCGCGUUGUUCUGCUGCUCCGAUUUCCCCCAGCAGGCAUCUUGGUUGACCAAAGAUGAAAAGGCCGCAGUGAUUGCGAAAACGCGCAACGACGAGGAUGACGACGUCUCGGUGACGAAGUCUGAUUUGGUUGAAUGUUCUAAAGACCCCAAGAUGUACCUGGCUGCGAUCAUGUACUUCACUAUUGUGAUCCCUAUCUAUGCCUUCUCUUACUUUGCCCCGACCAUCAUCGAAAACCUGGGAUACGGAACCAUCCAGACUCAAUUGCAUAGUGUACCGCCCUUCGCCGCUGCUCUCGGCCUCUGCAUUAUAACGGCAUAUUUUUCGGACCGCUGGAGCAUCCGCUUCCCAUUCAUUCUCUUUGGUGAUCUGCUGAUCAUUAUUGGCCUGGCCAUCAUGCUGACCAUGCACGGCGCCGGCCACUUUUCCGCGGAGUAUCUCGGCAUUUGCUUCAUCACCAUGGGCGCCUUCAGCUCCGGCGCCGUGAUCGUCUGCUGGGUCCUGAUGAAUAUGCAGGGCCACAAGCAGCGCAGUAUCGGGUCCGCCUUCGUGAUUGGCGUCGGCAAUGCAGGUGGUAUUGUCGCUGUCUUCUGCUUUACCAAAGACGACGCUCCCUUGUACAAGCGCGGGUACUGGAUUCUGAUGGCGAUGGCGCUCGCCGGCACGAUGACAACGGUGGUAUACGGCCUGGUGGUUGUGCGUGAGCGCCGUCGUCAGCUCCGUGCCGAGGGCAAGACGGACAAUGAAAAGAUUCUCUCCCUUUAG